AUGACUGAUGGAAAUGGUCCAAUGUCCGUGAUAGUCCAAGGCGCCGCCUUGGUAAGUCUGCUCUGGAGUUGUACCGUCUUUCUCGUUCAAGGCAUCGGGAUCUCGAAGCUUUUCCGCCACCACUCCGCACCCUAUGCGAAGCCCGAGUCCCCGACGCUCAAACAAGAUGAAGUCCCUCACAUUACAAUAAUCCGACCGGUUAAGGGCGUUGAGGCUGGACUAUAUGAGUGCCUGGCUUCGACCUUCCGGCUUGCCUAUCCCAAGUCGAAGUUGACCAUAUACCUAUGCGUUGCCUCCACCGCUGAUGCCGCGCAUCCGGUCCUUCAACAAGUCGUUGCGGACUUCCCGAGUUUCGAUGCAAAGGUCCUGGUCGAGGAGGAUGACCCGUUGCUCCAUGGCACUGCAGGCGAUGUGAAUAACCUUGGUCCCAAUCCGAAGAUCCGCAAUAUCAGCAGGGCGUAUCGCGAGGCCAAAGGCGACAUUAUCUGGAUUGUCGACUGCAAUGUCUGGGUCGGGACAGGGUCCGCCGGGAGGAUGGUCGACAAGCUAUGCGGCUUCGGACCCGACGGCAUGAGGACGACCCCUUACAAGUUCGUGCACCAACUUCCCCUCGUUGUCGAUAUCGAGAGAACCAGCCCCGCCGAGGAACGGGAGCACUCCUCUAGGAGCAUCUGGAACUAUGGCGGCCGGCUGGAAGAGAUGUUCAUGUCGACCACGCACGCCAAGUUCUAUAGCGCGAUCAACGCCGUCGGCCUUGCGCCCUGCAUCGUCGGCAAAAGCAAUAUGUUCCGCAAGUCGCACCUCGAGCGUCUGACGGACCCGGCCCAGAACCCGAUCCUCUCGGCAUCCGACUCGCUCCGCGGCCGGGGUCUGGAUUUCUUCUCCUCCUACAUCUGCGAGGACCAUCUGAUCGGGGACUUGAUCUGGCGGUCCCACAUCCCGGGCUUCAAGAACCACGGUCUCGUGUUUGGCGAGGUGGCCAUCCAGCCCAUGUCGGGCAUGUCCGUGUCAGCCUACAUCGCGCGCCGCGUCCGCUGGCUGCGGGUUCGGAAGUGGACUGUCCUGCUUGCCACGCUGGUGGAGCCCGGCGUGGAAUCGCUAGUUUGCUGUCUGCACCUGACCUUCGCGCUGACUACCCUGCCGUGGUUCCAUGAGAGUCUUGCCGUUCCUCAGACAUGGGGCGCUAUGGGUCUCAUCUGGGUAUCGGCCGUCGCUGCCUGGAUGUUGGUAGAUCGCUGGCUGAGCAGUAAGCUGCGCAAGCUCCAGAGUGUUGAGGUGGAUGAGAACACUCCAUUUUUUGCUCGGGGAUCGUGCCGCCGAGGAGGAAUUCAGGAACGGCCGGUCGCGGAGUGGGUGACCACUUGGCUUGGAAGGGAGCUGUUGGCUCUACCGAUCUGGACCUGGGCGGUGCUGCUAGGAACGACGGUGAACUGGAGGGGCAAGCAGUUCAGGGUGCAGAUGGAUAUGAGCGUCGUGGAGGUCGAGGGGAUCAAGUCCCGGCCCUCAACGCCCCCGAUAAAGAGUUGUUCUUCUCAUUCCCAUGUCAAAAGCCAUAUACAUUAG